GGUUAUUUACUCGUCUUUGGCAAGUGAUGAGCUUGGAUACGGUUUACCGAGAUGAUGGGUGUGGGUUGGGGGGGGGGGGGGCGUGGCGAUAAGGAUCAGAUGAGCAAGGGGGAUCGGGCGGGCUGGGAUCUGUGGGCCAGCGUUCCGAGGGCCGGGCUGGGAGAAGCCGAGCUGGGCUGGUGGCUAGUGUGUGGCCGCCCUUGUCGUCCUUGUCUCGCGCUCUCGGGGCUGAUCGUAUAUCAACCCGCGAGGGCCCUGGGACUGACGUGCGAUCGCCCCGCGCAGAACCGGCCCUGCUUAUAAUCGCCACCCCUCCUCUCGUCCCGUAUCUGCUCCCGCCAUGGAUAGCUUCCACCACCAGCAGCCCCUCCACCACCACGCGUACGCCGAGGACUGCGUGCCCUCCGGCAUGGUCGCCCCGGACGGGUCCUACAUCGUACGUCCCUCCUUCCGCUUCGAUAACACGGAACACACCCGCUGACCCACGCGACCCGGCAGGCCGACGCCGCCUACUUCGACCCGUGCGAUCCUCCGCAGCCCCAGGCGCCGUUCGACCCGUCGGCGGCCUUCUUCGCGCCCCCGCCGAUGCCGCUGGCCUACCGCGACGACCCCGCCCCUCCUCUGUCCGCGCUCGCGGCCCCCUUCGCGUACCCGCCGCCCCCGCAGAUGGCCUCGUCCUCAUCCUCGCUCGCGCAGGCGCUGGGCACUACCCCCACCCCGCCACCAUUCCAUCAGCAGCAUCAGCCCGCAUGGUCUGACCCGGCGCCCUCGAUUAAUCCCGCCGACCUCGCCUACGCCUACGCCUACGCCGCCCCACCCGUCGCGGACGACGAAGAAGACAGCGCGGCGGUGCGCGCGCGCCUGUUCCACCUCGUCCAGCACGGCCGCGAGGCCGUCUACGGCGCCGCCGUGCCCGUGCCCACCCCCUCGCGCUUGCAGGUCCCCGUCGUCCCCGCCGUCCCCGCCCUCGUCGCCUCGCCCUUAUCCGCCUCCACCUCGUCCUCGUGGACGUCGUCGCCGACCUUGUACGACCAUCAUCAUCCCGCGUUUCGGGGAGCGCAACAGGACGUGGGCAUGGGCAUGGGCAUGGGAGUAGAUAUGAUGGGCAUGGGCAUGGGCAUGGGCAUGGGGGUAGACAUGGGAGCAGCAGCGGGCCAGCAGCAGCAGCAGCAGCAGCAAUACACCCCCUCGAGCUCGCCCGCCUCCUACACCAGCAGCAACGCCGCCGACGGCGCGCCCUACCCAUUCACCCCCGCCGAUGUGGACGCGGACGCCGACGCGGCGCUCUCCUACCCGGCCCACAUCGUGCCCUCCCAGCUCGACGACCUCGACCUCGAGUCCAUCGCCGCCUCCUCGUCUGCUUCCUCGUCCUCCCGGACGCUCCGCCGCGAGCAGCGCUCGCGCCGGCCGCACGCGCACGCGCACGCGCAUCCGCACCCGGGACUGCACCACCACCACCACCACCUUCUCGCCGCCGCCCACCACCCACAGUCGGUACUACAUCCGCCUCAAUCUCUUCAUCAGCAUCAUCAACAUCAUCAUCAACACCGCGAAGAAACGGCGCCGGCGCCGGCGGCGGUCGUCGUCGAUCCGGCGCCGAAGCCGACGAUGGCCUGCCUGUUCUGCCGCGGUCGAAAGAUCGCGUGUGGGCCGCCGCCGCCGGGGAGCACGGAUCGAUCUUGCGACCAAUGCAAGAAACGCAACCAGGUGUGCGAGUACCCGCUCACGUCCCGGCGCGGGCAGCGCAAGCGCAAGCCGACGUCGUCCUCGUCCACGUCAUCGCCCACCGCCUCCGCGGGAUCUUCCAACAAGCCCGCUCGGACGCAGUCUGCGCCGCUGCCGCCGGCGGGGGGCCCGACGAUACCCGUUCCGAGCCAGUACGAAGUCCCGCCGCAACCCGUCCCGAGCCAGUACGAAGUCCCGCCGCAACCCGUUCCGAGCCAGUACGAGUCUCCGCCGCAUCGACAUCAGCAGCAUCAGCGCGGGGGUGGGUCGGAGUCAGGAUCGGGAGGAGGAGGAGGAGGAGGCACGGGGGGGAAAGAGACGGCGGUGCCGAUCGACGAGAUGCGCCGCUUGAGCCCGUUCGGGUCGGGGACGCCGUUGACCGCGUACGGGUACCGGGCGCCGCAGAGGCCGAGCUCGUAGCCCCGUCGCUUGUUAACCCUCCCACCGCCGGAUGGAGCGGACGCUGCUCUCCGUCUCCGAGUUGUGACCCGUUUUCCUUUCUGCACCCUGGGCCCCUCCCCCCUCCUCUCUGUUCUUUUUUGUUUUACUUUCUUGGUUAUGUAUAUGGCUCCUCACAACAUUUAUCACGGCUGUUCCACUACCAAUCCACCUGGCUAUUCCCAGUUAUGCCACACGCAAUCCCGAGCGUUUUCCGUUUGUUAUCCUCCAUCCGUUUGCUUUCGUUAUGUUCAUAGCCUCUUCUUCCGCCGGUUAUUCGUCCCAUCCUUACAUACUCAUCGAGGGUACUCGUCUUCUCAUUUUGUCUGUCAUUGUCAUGUCAUGCCCUAUCUGUAUGCUACUAGCUAACCCCCCCCCCUCUUUCUUGGACUCGCUUAACAUUCCGCGUACAAUAGAGUGUAU